AUGUUCUCAGCCAACAUUACACUCUCUGCGAUCGUUAUCAUCGUCUUCAGUUACAAAACCUUCAAAGCUGAUGCAACUUCACCCGAGGAUGUGAUCUUGGACGCAAACCCAACCCAGGCCCCGAGGAAGCUGUACACGGAGCUCCUGUUGGCUCCCAGACUCACUCAUCUUGGAUGUGUGGAACUUGUGACCGGACAGUGGGCUGGGACGACAGAGGACUGGCUUGUGACACCUGUGGACAGUGGUUUCAUGCCCACUGCCAGAGCAUGGAUACAGAACUUUACCAGCACCAUGAGGAUCUCGGAGACAACUUCUCCUGGCACUGUGCCAUCUGUGGGAACCCGAACAUCAUCACCUGGUAAGAAAGCGGACAUCCUGAACAUGAUUGACAGUGUGAGACCUGACAUUAUCAUUGCCACUGAGACUUGGUUAGACGCUACUGUGUAUGAUUCUGAGAUACUUCCGGACACAUAUAGGGCAUAUCGUAGGGAUCGUAACAAGAAUGGUGGUGGGGUAAUCGUGGCAGUACGCACAACGCUCAAAAGCAGUGAUGUACCAGAGCUGCAGGUGGAUAACUGUGAGGUAAUUUGGGUUAGGGUGAAGUUACAAGGUCGCAAGACCCUGUAUGUCUGUGCCUAUUACAGACCUGAUGUAUCAGAUCGAGCCAGUCUAGAAGGUUUUAACGCCUCAGUCAGCAAAGCAGCGCAGAUCCCUAACGCUCACCUCUUGAUUGGAGGGGAUAUGAACUUACCUUGUUGGGAUUGGACAACGAUGCAGAUGAAGCCGAACCCCCGAUACCCUGGACUUCAUAAUAUGUUUAUCGACAUACUUGGUGAUCACGGCUUGGAGCAACUGGUGGACAUGCCAACAAGGGGAGAGAACAUUCUGGAUUUGAUCGUUACCAACAACCCUCAGUUGAUCCCACGAGUAGAGGUCUUACCAGGUCUUUCCGACCACGACGCAGUCUUCUGUGAGGUGAUCGUCCACCCCCAGAAGAGGAAACAGAAUCCAAGACUCCUACCCCUCUACAAGAAGGCAGACUGGGAUAGUAUUAGGAAGUCUAUGGCCGAUCUAACUGACAGGAUGGAGCUAAUGAAAGACACUGCUACAACUGAAGAGUUGUGGUCCACCUUCAAAGACAGUCUUCAGACAGCCGUCCAAGAGUUUAUCCCCCAUAAGCUGGUCCGGAUGAAGGAAAAUAAGCCCUGGAUAACUCCAGCUCUCCACCGCCUUAUCAAGAGAAGGGAUCGCAUCUACAAGAAGAUGCGUAAACGUGGAACACAAGAUCUUAAGAACCAGUAUAAGAAACUCCGUAGAGAAGUGCAGCGGCAGUUGCGAAGAGCUUACUGGUCCUACCUGGAUAGCAUCUUUGUAGAAGACGAAUCUGGUCAGGGGGAUAAAAACAAGAAGUUCUGGACGUAUAUAAAACAUCAGAAAUCGUCUAAUGUUGGCAUCGCUGCCUUAAGGGACGGAGGUCGUCUUGUAUCCGACCCUAAAGAGCAAGCAGACAUACUGAACAGACAGUUUCAUUCAGUAUUCGGAGAUGGCAAGGCUUACUCCAAGGAGGAAUUUCAGGACAAGUGUGAUAUGCCACCUGCAGAUUAUCCUAUACUUGACAAG